ACAUAACUUCCCUACCUUACAGUUGAUACAUUCAUGGUGUAGAGAGGAGGGUGUUGGGCUAGUAUAAAUAAAACCAUAGAUAAGAAGGUGGAAUAACAGGAUAUAUUAAUUUGAUAUUUCCCCAGUUGCCCUCUGCAUCUUUCAUAAACCAUCGCUCCCUCCAUUCCUUCUUAAACAAAGACACUAACAAAAACAAAAAAGAGAGAACGAAACGUCUCCGCUGAGGCAUCCUUGUGCGCAUCGUAGAUACGUUGAAUAAAGCCUCCGCGCAUUUGGCCGUUUGCCGAAACAAGAGUAAUAAUCAGCCGGUGAGACCAUGAUUCGAACGGCUUCAUCCAUCCGAACUUUGAUUCAGUCUCUUCGAGCCAUCUCUUCUUUCUCCUCCCAGAUUGGAGUUGGAGCUCGAAAUUCAUACAAUUCGGGUGCUGUAUCUUCCCUGCAACAAGUUAUUAGGCCAUCUACUUACGGUGAGGAUGAGUACGCUGACGUGGAUUGGGAUAAUCUUGGGUUCGGAAUCACCCCAGCUGAUUACAUGUACAUAAACCAGUCAACAAAAGAUGGAGAAUUUCAUCAAGGACAACUCAGCCGCUAUGGUGCUCUCGAGCUCAGCCCCGCUGCUGGAGUUCUCAACUAUGGCCAGGGACUUUACGAAGGCACAAAAGCGUACAGGAAAGAAGACGGGAGACUACUGGUGUUCCGUCCAGAUCAAAACGCUCUGCGGAUGAAGAUGGGCGCCGACAGAAUCUGUAUGCCUUGCCCUUCCGUCGAUCAGUUCGUUGACGCCGUUAAGCAAGUUGCUCUCGCCAACAAACGCUGGGUAAAACACUAAAAACAGAAUUCUUCCUCUCGUCCUCUGUUUUUCUCCAUACAAUUGUUGACGAAUGUCCAACUAAUUUCACUCGAAAUAAUGAUGAUUAUAUAAAAAGACUCCACCUCCUGGGAAAGGAACUAUGUACAUAAGGCCUCUUCUAAUGGGGAGCGGUCCGAUCAUGGGUUUAGCUCCGGCGCCGGAAUACACGUUUCUCAUCUAUUGCUCUCCGGUCGGCAACUAUUUCAAGGAAGGGUUUGCGCCGUUGAAUCUGUAUGUGGAGGACGAGUUCCAUCGUGCAACCCGUGGUGGAGCAGGAGGCGUCAAAUCAAUCACCAAUUACGCGCCGGUUCUGAAAGCGAUAGCUAGAGCCAAAGGGAACGGGUAUUCCGACGUUCUGUAUCUGGAUUCGGUUCAUAAGAGAUACCUGGAAGAAGUCUCUUCCUGCAACAUUUUCGUUCUCAAGGGGAGAGUGAUAUCAACCCCUGCUGCAAUUGGGACUAUUCUUCAAGGUGUCACUCGCAAGAGCAUCAUCGAAAUCGCUUCCGAUCAAGGCUACCAGGUUGAAGAACGAGCAGUGGCAGUAGACGAACUGGCAGAGGCCGACGAAGUGUUCUGCACAGGAACAGCGGUGGGCGUCGCCUCCGUCGCCUCCAUAACGUACCAGGGGAAAAGGUUGGAGUACAAGGUUGGAGCUGAGACGGUGGCCCAGCAGCUGUACUCGAUCCUGGAAGGGAUCAAGAGCGGCGCAAUCGAGGACAAGAAAGGCUGGGUUGUUGAGAUCUGAUGAGCACGUGCGGUUUUUCAGCUCAACGACAUUUGGCUUACCUACUUACUUCAUGCGAGAUAUUGGUAGCUGAGCCCAUCUAAGGAAAGUUUGUACAAAAAUAAAGGUCUUCCUAUUAUUGUUGUAC